CGAGUGUGUACAUAACCUCAAAAGUCAAGAUUUUUGCGGUUAUUCAUAAAAAGAUAGAAAGAAUAAUUUUAAAGAAAUUACCCAAUAAAAAUAAUGUUCUCUACAACCUAAAAGAACAGAUCGUAGGUAUCUCAAAUUUUACCAGUACAAAAGAAAGAGCUAUUUGUGCACUUUGGAGAACCCACGAGAAAAGAAGCACGUGAACCGCAAAUUUUAAGCUUUUUAAAUGAAACAGUGGUAAUAAAAAAUAAUAAUGACAUCGAUAAUCAGAUUAGUGAAUUCCUUUGACGUGAAUUCGAAGGAAUUCGAAUCGUUGGUGCACGAUUUGGUUAUUGAUAACAACGACGUGCCGUUUGAUAGCCAGGAGGUCAACACUGUGCAAAAUGCUUUUGUAAAAAGUGUUAAUUCUCGUAUAAAUCAAACGGGAUGUGAUUUUCUACCUAUCUUGGACAGAAUUUUGCCUACAUGUUCCAAAGAUACUUUUGCAAAAUACGGUUUAUUUUGGAUAGUCAAUGCUACUAAAGUAUUAGAAAAUGCACAUAGCAGCACACAAGAUUUGAUACUGGCAUGUAAAGUAUUGGGAGUUUUAGUUAAGCACUGCAAAGAGAUUCCAGAUUUGCACAAACAGAUCUCUAUGCAACACGUCAAACAGCUUAUAAAUGUUCUUAGUGCAUUGAAUCCAGAUGCAAAAUGUGGAGCAAUUUAUUAUUUAUUGGCUGUUCUUCUUUAUCAUUAUUCUGAAGUUUGUGAAAGGUUUCAGGAACUGAUAAUGAAAAUGAUAUUAUUACAAAUUGAUUCUAUGCAAGAAAAUUUGGUUAAUGCUGGUGCAAGAUGCUAUGUUCUUCUAUCCAAAGCGACAGAGCGCUCAUUUAAACCACCACCAUCUAAAUCCAUUUACACUGCGACAACAUAUAAUGAAGUGUUGCUUUGUAAUAACUUGCAUGCUAUAAUGGAUGAAUUGUUCUCUGGAUUAAUAGAGCUGGAAAGUGUAGAUAUCUGGGAUCAAUUAGAAUUACCACCUAUUUCUAAUAAAGAUGUAGUACAGUACUAUAACGGGCAGAAACAGAGAUUCGCAAAUCUAUGCAUUUAUCUCUCCUCAAUGUUGCGUGGAUACGAAGCAAGAAAUUCUGUUCUGCCUCAUGAUAUUCUAGGAGUUUUAUGUCGAGGAUUGGCGAUAACUCCAUUAAAUUUAAUGAAUAAAACUUCGUUCAAGGAACAGAUGCUAUAUAUUAUUUUACCAAAAUUGCAUAUUAGUUUACUCACAGUUUUAGAUGCAUUUAUAAAUGGAUUUGCUCAGGAACUAGUAUCGUAUGGGGCAACCAUAUUACAGUUAUUCCAACAAACAUUGCAAUGGACAAGUGUUAUUUCAGAAAAUCAAAUGACACUUAGUGAUAGUAAACCUUUUAAAAAUGUCAGGCUACAUACGUAUAAAUGUCUCUGCUCAUGGCUAAUUAAUAUGAGUGCAUCGUCAGGAAUAGAGACAAUUGGAAAUGAAUUUGUUACAGGCAUAUUAAAGGAUGUAACACCAGAACGAGAGUGCAUAUUAUUAUCUGUGCAACCAAAACAUUUAUCUAAACGGGCGAUAAAACGUUUUAAACGUAGUCAGUAUGAAAAUAGUGCAAUAUUGAAUAACGGAGAAAAUUCUACUAAACAAAGAUGUCUAGAUGCAGAUUUAUGUAGAGAGGCUCUUAUCGUUUUGCAAAAUAUGCUUUACAGUGGUAGCGUUCUGCUGAAACAAACAUUUUACAAGAGCGUGCAGAAUACCGUGAUACCUUUAUUGUACAAAAUUUAUCUCGGUGCUGCUGAACAGAAGUUUUAUAAAGAUUAUAACGUAUGCCGCUUGGAAUUAUUUAAAGUAUUAAAAGCUUUACAAAUGAAUCCACAUGUUGCAUUAGCAUUUCCCAUUCAAUAUUGUCUAGAAAUAUCGCAUAUGGCAGCUUAUGAUAUUGAUUUAAGUAUUGUUCAAGAAGCAAAACUCACAUUAGCCGAGUUGGAAAAAAUUAUACAUCCUACUGCACCUACAUUACAGUUACCUCGGCAACAAGAAUCUGAUGAACUUAUUUCUGAAACUCAAAUAGAAGACGCUAUUACUAACAAUGGAAUAGAAGAAGCUACUACUAGCAAUGAAAUAGAAGAAGCUACUACUAGCACAUCAGAUAAAAGAAGGGCUGAAGAAGAGAUUUUUCAUGAUGCAGAUACAUCCAUACAUAAACGGCCCAGAAUAGUUGCGAUUGAAAUAAUACAGGAUGGAAAUGUUACAGAAUUAACAGAAGAGAAUAAUGGCAUGGAUAUAAAUAAAUCUCAAGCAGAUGAUAAUUCAUGUCGACUGAAUGUAAUUCAUGUCGAUCCAAUUCAGAUUGAAAAUAAAUUAGAAGAACAAGAAACACAAAACAAGAAACAAAAUCAGCUGCAUAUUGAUACAAUUCCAAAUGCUACUACUGAAAGUAGAUUGGAAUGUGAAUUAGAUACAGAAAUUAUUACAAAAGAACAAGAACAACAUGAGCAAUCUAAAGAUUCGAAAUCGUAUAUUGAUAAAAGAGACAAAAAAGUAGAAAAAAGUCCUAAAAUCAAUGAAAAAAUACAAAAAAAAACAUCUCAAGAUAAUAUGAAUGAAUGGGAAGAGAUGGACGAUGAGGUACUAAACUCUUUAAGUUUGUUUCACGACGAGGUAAAAUCAAAUGAUUAG